CUUCAUCAAUGUCGAUAACCCUGAACUUCAAACCCACUAUCUCUGUUCCCUCUUUUCCCAACCUUAUCUCUUCUUCUUCACCUCAAUUGCCUCCAAAAUUCGCCAAUGGCUUACACUUAUUUGGCACCACUCUUUCAAGAAUUCACAAUCAUAGAAACCCAAUACUUCCACUCUCAAGAAGAUUGUUCGUACCUUCAAUUUCCGGAAUCUGGGACGCCAUCGCUGGUGGCAGCAAUGCUCGUGAAGCCGUGAUUGCUAUUCGACGCGGAAUGCUGCUCUUCAGACAGGGUGAUGUUCCUGUAUCUAUAGUGGAGUUUGAUAGAGCAAUCGAGCUGGAUCCUCGUCAAAAGGCAUAUCUUUGGCAGAGGGGGCUGUCACUAUACUAUCUUGCUAGAUUUAAGGAAGGGGCUGAGCAAUUUCGACUAGAUGUUGCACAAAAUCCAAAUGAUACAGAGGAGUCGAUAUGGUGCUUUCUGUGUGAAGCUCAAUUAUAUGGAGCAGAUAAAGCGAGAAAACGAUUUCUUGAGGUUGGUAGAGAUCCUCGACCUGUUAUGCGGGAAGUCUAUAACAUGUUCAAAGAUGGCGGUGAUCCAGAAAAGCGAUUUCCAAGGAUUUUGAUGCUUCAGAAUAUAUCUCCAUAUUAUGAGGAUUGUCUGAUUCAUCAUAACAAAAGUAGAUGAUUAAAUAAAAGCAAGUUGAAGGCCC